AUGGAGAACAGCAGCAGUGACAACAAUGGCGUAGCAACCGUCACCUUGAAUCUCAAGUUUCUUGACUGCCCUCUCUGCUCCGCCCCUCUCAUGCCGCCCAUCUUCCAGUGCCCGACAGGCCAUGUCGCGUGUGAUACAUGCCACAAGAAGCUCAACGACCAGUGCCCCUCCUGCCCUCUUCCGCUUGGCUACACUAGAAACCGUGCCCUGGAGCAUAUCGCCGACUCUGCUACCGUCCCCUGCCCCAACGCAUCCUACGGCUGCGACCAAACCAUUCCUUACUCCCGUCCCAGCAGCCACUCCUGGAACUGCAGUUUUUCACCUCACUUCUGCCCGCUUCCUCAUUGCGAUCACAAAGCGCCCACAUCAGAUAUUGUAAGACACUUGGGUAAUCACCACCGUGUCCCAGUUAAUUUCUACAAGUGCAAAGACACAGCUCAAGUGCGCUUCAGUAACAUGAAUCCAUUGCUGGUUCUCCAACUGGACGAUUCGAUCUUAUGUCUUCUGCGAAACAGCGCCAUGCCCUCGGGCCGAGCAAUCUCGAUUGUGUGCAGACAACCACUGAGGCGCUGGACGAUUUUGCGCAAAAAAUUUUUGUACAAGAUUGUGGCGAAAAAUGAGGGUGGAACAAAACUUGUAAUAGAUAAUGCCGAGAUGAAGUUCUGCGAAGAAGAUUCCUCUGACGUUUUCCUGUACUUACCUGAGAAAUUCUACUGCAAUGAUGCGGAACUCCAGAUUGAAGUCUGCAUUUGGAAAGUAUGA